AUGGUCUCCACGUUUGACCUCCACGAAGACUCUCUCCUCGCUCCGCACCACCGCCUCAUCUGCGUCCGCUACCCCUCCAUCGCCGGCCGAUCUUGUUUCUUCCCCUCUACAACCGUUGUUGAGUCCACGCCACCUUUCUUUUGUCUUAUUUGUCUCGACGCCAACUUCACCUUCUUCAGUCCCUCGACCGCAAGAUGGAGCUGUAGAUGUCCAAUCCAGCAAGGUCCUUAUUGCCGCUGCAUGGAUCGCGGACCUCUCCAUGAGCAAGGUUGCUGCUGCGGCGUGCUUGAUGUGGAGCAUCGUGCUAGGGAGGCAGUUGUGGCCAGGAAGAGGGCUAAGGAGGCCCUAGAGCAUCUUCCAGUUCCUCUUUUGGUUCAAGUGCUUGUUUAUCCAUCUGCUUUCUUGUUGUUGUGGUAG